AUGCCAACCCAACAGUUCCCCACCCGAUUCAAGCGUGCGCGCGCGAAGUUUUAUGUUCUAAAAGACGACGGGACGCGCCCCAUUGAGUCCUGGUACUUUAGAUAUCGCUCAGUAAGCGGGGGCGCUCUAACGGACUGCUGGGACUUCUACGGGGUUCUACAGCGCUUCCUCCAAUGCGGGCCUCCUGACGCAACCAAUGUGCCUGCAGACGCGCAUAUUCUGAUCGAGACGCUCGAGUUGGAUGUCCGUACUCGGACAGGUAUCCCAGGGAACCUGCUUGGUCCACCGAAUAUCACUACCGAAGACCGCACGUUUGUGCUACCCAGGACGCAACGCCCGAGGCCACCCGAGAUUGGUAGACUACUCAGCUUGAUAAAGGAGACGGGGGUCGACUAUAAGAUGCAUCCAGACUAUCUGGUUUGUGUUCUUCAUGAGCUCUUGCAAUUGCUUCUGUUCUAUCGUGAUGGCCGGAAGAUCUACGAGCGCGUGGGAGUCCUCAGGCUGUUGCUCGAUGGAGAUAGGGUGCAUGAGUGGAACCUUGAUGAGUGCCUUGAAGGAAUGUACUUUAGGGUUCCGGCAUCUAACCACUCGUCACGGAGAAGCCUUGGUCUGACGUGGGGUGUCCAACUUCCAGUCAUGUGA